CCUAACACACCCCCUCUCUCUCCUUGUGCUGGGGUCCAUUUGAAAUAAUACACUUAUCCAUGAGAAACCGUGCUUAUCCAAAAUGGACCUAAAUUUCAGGGCUUGUUGAUACCAUGAGGGUGAGGAGCUUAUUUCCACGUGUUCACAGGUCAAGAGGCUCCGCCUACUUGAGCAGACUUGACUCCGCCCCUCUCUCUCCAGUGCUAUGGUUACCCAAGGCAGUGUUCAAAAGAGAAGCUUAGCGGAGUCUGAAAUCAUGGCAAGGGGACAACGAUUUUUCGACUUGAAUCUCUCAGUAUCUUUGGAACUGUCCGUUCAUCUUCCUCUUCUUUUAUUCCUCCUCACUGGUGUUUACAGCAAUGAGGUUGUGGUUCCAGAACAUGUUCAAGUUGUGCUCGGAAAGAAUGCCACACUAAGCUGUAAAGUAGACGUGGGUGCCAACCUCACCUUGACGCAAAGUUCCUGGGAGCGCAGCUUGCCCAUGGGCUCUGUCACAGUGGCAGUAUUUAAUCCACAUUUUGGCAUCUCUAUAUCUGAGGAAUACAUAAAUCGGGUCCAUUUUGUCAAUCCAUCAGUAGAGGAUGCCUCCAUUGUAUUGGAGGGAGUAGGCUUUGCAGAUAUUGGUUCCUAUAUUUGCAAAGUGGUCACCUUUCCACUGGGUAACUCACAGGCCUCUGCAGUUGUUGACAUCAUGGUUGAGCCCAAAGUAUAUGUGUUAGCGGGUUCGGUUCCUCUGGUGGAUGGUAAUGUGGAGGGUGUGGUGGCAACAUGCAUGGCUGAAAGGGCGCGCCCCCCAGCCGAUGUCUUCUGGGAGGCAGAGCUUGAUGGACGUUCUGAGCAGAUCAUGCAGGCCGAAGCUGAUGGCACCACGUCCACUCAGGUGAACUAUAUCUGGGCACCCAGCAGCCAUGCCCUUAACCAUGCCCUCACCUGUGUGGUACACCACCCUGCCCUUGCCAUGGACUUGCGCAUUCCCUAUGUGCUCAACAUACAAUUUCCUCCAGAUGUAAUGGUUGUAGGUCAGAAUGAUGUUUGGUAUGUGGGACAAGAAAACGCAAAGUUGGACUGCAGAGCAAAUGCCAAUCCUCCUCCCCAUCACUUCUUCUGGACCAGGCUCAACAUGCCUAUGCCUGCAGGAGUUAAGACGAUAAACAGCAGUCUGGUCUUCACUCAUCCGCUGCAAAAAAAUGAUUCUGGAACAUAUAGGUGUGAGGUUCAGAACGAGGUUGGACUACAUUCUCAGGAGGUACACAUCUGGAUACAUGAUCCCCAAUCUACUCCUUCUGCCCUCACAACUACCAGUGGAAUCAUUCCUGGUCUCUCUAGCUCAUCACCGACACAUUUUCGUGCCCGUUUCACCUCUCCAACUUUGGCAUCACUGCAUGAUGGUACAAUGGGCACUGUGGUGGGCAGUGCUGUAGGAGGCAUACUGGUUCUGGUUUUUCUGCUGUGCAUUGUGUUGUUAUGGUACAUCCGUCAGCACCGUACAUUCCGUGGUGAUUACUAUACCAAACAGUACAUUGGGCCUUCAUACAUGCAGAAAGAGUCCCUUGAGCUUCAGGACACCUUUAGAGAUGACUCACCUAACUACAACGAAGAUCUGAAACACACACCUGAUGAUGAUGAUGAUGAUGAUGAUGAUGGGGAUACACAGAUCUACCACAGUUACACAAAAAACAAUAAUGACUGGGACAAUUGUUGCACAAAAAAUUCGAACAUUAGCACAAUUGGGAACAACAGCACCCCCUACCUGCAGGAGAAGAGGUGCGAUGUUGCCACAGACUGUGAAUAUGUGUCUCAUAAGGACGGCUCUGUGAUCUCUCGUAGAGAAUGGUAUGUGUAAUUAUUUGAAAUAGUUAAUGUAAGACACGAUUUUGCAGAAUACAGUAUAACCAAACUCUUCAUAUAAGGAAAAGAUUUUUAAAGUGUAUGUCAGGGAAACUAAAAAGGCUGUUUUCUAUUAUCUUAAUGAUUCUUUUAGGGGGUUGAUAUUGCACAGAAUAUGUUUGUGUUGCUUUUUGCAUUUAAUACCAAGAGAGAACAAAUGGCUGCUUGGAAUGCUGAAAACAAGCUGGAAUAUAUUGCUCAUUCCAUGUGUCCUCGGUUAAAAAUCAGGUUCAGUUUUCUUUUUUUUAUUGAAUUUUGCAUAACAAAUGCAAAUAACUACAUUGUUUUAUUUGUAUGUUGUAUGAGUUUGUAUAUUUUUCCCAUUGUUUUUAAUAUAAUAUUAUAUUAUCAGUUCGAUGUUCAAGUUCUAAAGUGAAAAUCUGCAUAUUGCACUCUUACUGAUGUACAUAUGUAUUUUCUCUCUUUUCACUUCACCUGUUUUAAUUUUUAACAAUUCAUGGAAAAACUUACUGAUGAAUGGGUUUCCCAUCACUUGAUGCCUGUUUUAUAUUUAGAUGAUUUAAUGUUACAUAAAUCUUAGUGAUGGUAAAUAAUUGGAUCUUAAGAUAGCAUGGUGCCCCCAGUUGUAGGCAUUUAGUUGGCAGUAUAAUCUGUGCCACCAUGUUGGAGAUACUUACAUUUUCCAUAUUCUCAAAUGGCUGUAAUUCAGCAUGUCAGCUUUUUUAUAUUCUGCUGCAUGCAGCACAGAUUAACAUGCAGGACUUUAUUAUCUGAAUCCAUGACAGUUAGUUGGUGUGUUUUCCAGAUGUGUUGAUAUCAACCUUCUCAGUACUGAUGUACCUGUCACUGUGCCUAUAUAUACAUGCUUCUCUUCCUGGCUGCAGCUUAAGUAUACUUACUUCAGAAACACGGUGUGAUAUCCCAGGCAUUUACUUUGCUGACUAUUCUAAGAAAUGCAUUAGACAUUCAAUAAACUGUGUUAAGUGGCGCAUCAUUAAUAUCAGCCUUCAGCACAUUUGCUGCUGAGCUGCAAUUCCCUAUGACAUUCUGACUGUAAGAAUGCUUUAGUUGGGUUCCAUCAGCACUCUAUUCCAGGGUGGCGUUAAUCGAAAAGCUGCAAGUAAAUUGUAGCCUUAGGACUGCAAUUGCUAAAAACAGUUUGCACUGAAAUUGCCAUAAUACAAUUUAAAGGUUUGAUACAAUACAACUGUAUGUGCAAAAACAAUACAAAAAAAAUCAUACUCAUAAGUUGCCCAUAAGUUUCUGUGAAAACAAUUGCACUUUGACUACAGCCAACAGUUAUAGAAGAGAAAUAAUUUCUAAUAGCACUAUUCAGUAUCACCAAGAUGAGGAUGGUUCCUUUUUGACUCGCGUUUCUUAGACGUCAACUCAGGGAAUAUUUCCUUGCCACGAUCGCAUCUUGCAGUAUGCAGUGUAAAAUAUCUAUUUUGUAAUUAUAUAUUUCUCUAAAGCCACUUUCGGACAAUAUCCACUGUUAAAAAAACCCUAUACAAAUAAUAUUUAAUAACAUUUAGAGAUCGAGAAACAGAUAUUGAGAACAGUGUGUAAGGCAGCAAUAUGGAGCUUUUAUGUUCCACACUUCACUACGCUGUUGUAUUGUUUGCUAAUAGCUCUUGCAUGUGGCUCACUGCCAAUGUCUUCACUCUGCAUUCAGUCAUGCAGGAGAGGAGCUUACCACUUCUUCAAGAGGUUCCACCAUAGGGUCUGCUGUUUGUUUGUCAAGAAUGCUUCACAACAUGUUAUUUUUAAAUACAUUAACUAUAAAGUUCAAAAUGUUAAACAGUUGCUUUUAAUUAUGUAAUGAAGUUUGACACAAUAGUCAAUUUGUCUGUUUGACACACUGAAUUAUUGCAAGAAUAGUAAUGAGUUAAGAGACAAAUUGUGCAAGAUUAGAUAUUAGGGUAAUAUGUGGGGACGUAUUGGACAUAUGUGGGGUCACAUUCAGAAGCUGAUGACUUAAUAUAUGGCAAGGAAACAAGUACAUAAUAAUUCUUGCUUUUUUAGGUCUUGGCAUCAACAUUAAUAAAACACAACGUUCUUCACCUCGAGGUUUAGUUAUGAGACUCCUGUAGUAGCAGAUGUAAAGACUGGCAAUAGUAGGGUUACUGGCAACUGCGACUUGCCACUCAGUUAGAUUCCUGCACCCUUGCUGUCCUCUCCAUUGAUUUGCCAGCACCACAUCUAACACAGCACAUCUGCUGCAUGUGCUGCUCAGGCUGCUUCACAAAGACAAACCUCCCAUCAAAGGUUGAGGUUUUUAAUUAAAGUUUCCCCACAUUUGCUCUCUAAUUAGCUUCUAUCUACUUCAGCUUCAAAUGUAUGCAUAAAUGAAGGUUAGGAACAGCUAUUUUAAAGAAGGAGUAUUUAAUCUUUUAACUAGCUCUGUAUAAAUUCUGCCUAUGAAUGUCUAUUUGUAAAAAAAUCCAGUUCAUUUGUUUUAUAUCUGGUUUCACACUGGCUUGACUGGUUCGAGUUAGCAACAUUUUGUAUGUUUUUGCAUUUGCUUUAUUUAAGCUCCAGACCCACUGGACUUACUCUAUAACAUAUAACAGUUAACUGAGGAUGAAUGAUUAAAUGGAUUGAUAUGUGUCUGAAUGCCAAUGAAAAUCAUCAUAUUUGUUUAGAGUGUGUUUGUCUUUGGAUGGUCUGUGCAAUUUGUUAAUGUUGAAAUGUUGACUGGAUAUUUUGUACAGUAGUACUGUAUAGUACUCAUCAGGCAGUGUAUUGUAUGUAAAUAUCUGGCAGGGAUUUAUGUGUCAUUGGAAUAAAUAUUAUUUUUUCAUUUUUUA